GACUGGGACGAGAGGUGUGGGGACAGUCCACUGAAGUCCUCCUGCACUCCCUGUCCCAGCACAGCUCCUCCAGCCAUCGCAUCCUGUACACAGCCAUGAGUGUCAUAGAGCACAAGAUCUCAGGGAAGCAGAUGAGCAGCCCCCUGCAGACUAUGUCCCCAAUCCUACAGCUAAACAUUGGUGGUGAUAUCUACACCACAACGCUGGGAACUCUUAAGAGGUACCAGGGUUCCAAGCUGUUUGAGAUGUUCAACGGGCAGCCCAAACUCCGCACCGACUCGGAUGGUAGGUACUUUAUUGACCGGGAUGGGAAAUACUUCAAAUACAUCUUGGAGUAUCUUCGAAAUGGCCAAGUCCCCAACCAGUGCAUCCAAGAGGUCUACAAGGAGGCCCUGUUCUACGAGAUCGAGCCCCUGGUAAAGAAGCUGGAAGAGACCCCUCAGAUCUUUGGGGAACAUGUGGGAAGGAAGCAGUUCUUGGCACGAGUACCCAACUACUAUGAGAACAUCGAGGUGAUGAUUCGCAUCGCUAGGGCGGAGGUGGUUGCAUCGCGUUACUCCAACGUCUUUGUGUGUAUCAUAAGGACUGAAGAAGAUGCGUCCAAGUGUCAGGAUGCCCUAAACACGCUUGAUAUGGACAAAGAAUCCGUGGUCAAGUUUGGGCCGUGGAAGGCAUCUCCCGGCAUCACGGACCUCCUGGAUUGUAUUAAGGUGGACAUUGAAGACAAGGGCCAUAAAGUAUCGUAUAUGGCCCAUGUUGCAGACAAAGGAUUUCGGUUUAAGACGUACGACUUUUUUUACAAGUUCGUUUUUACAUGGUGGUAAAAAAAAAUGAUAUAGAAAUGCAUCUGCGGCACUGGAGAAGAGACUUCCUGAUAACGAGGAGGCCCAACUAUACUCUGUUUACCAAUGGAUCAAACGCUACUUAGUUCCACAACAUGCUAGCCUCUCGAACAGGAAACACACAAGGAUCACUUGAGAGUUUAAUCUCCACUUUAAGGAAUAAACUAACAUUAUGCCAAACAUGAAUGAACUCAUGCGAAAAUCAGGAGCCGAGAAGGCUAACCUAUGAGAAGGCCGGUUUAGUGAAAGAGUCGGGAACAUUAAGCUUUUAUUGACAUCAAGAAGAGAAAGUUCCAAAAGUUUGGCUCCAGUUGUAAUUGUUCAGACACAUUUUGUUAUCUGGCCCUGGGAUUCGUCCAGCUUUGUAUUAUGGUUCUACAAAUUAUACUGG